CAUGAUUGAAAUUGUUCUACCGGAUCCUCCGUUUUUUGAUAAUAAUGAUUCAAAAGAACAUAAAAAUCAUAAAGUUUUUGCAAAACAACCUUCUUCAAUUGAUCAUGAACUCUCUGAUUUAGAUCCACUUGAUGAGAGUCAUUUUGAAGAGCAACUAGAUCUUUCUCGACUGGACUAUGAGCUAUCACCGAAGAGUCUUCAACCAACUCCAACAGUGAAUACUACUCAACAGAACCCAGAACCAGCCAACCAAAAUCCACAAUCUGUUCCAAUUUUCAAUCCUGGUCAGCAAAUUCCUCAACAGAACCCCGAACCAGCCAACCAAAAUCCACAAUCUGUUCCAAUUUUCAAUCCUGGUCAGCAAAUUCCUCAACAAAACCCCGAACCAGCCAACCAGAAUCGACAAUCUGUUCCAAUUUUCAAUCCUGGUCAGCAACUUCCUCAACAGAACCCCAAACCAGCCAACCAGAAUCGACAAUCUGUUCCAACUUUCAAUCCUGGUCAGCAACUUCCUCAACAGAUCCCAGAAUAUUCAAAUCCUCAACAGAUGCAUGGACAUAGAUUUUCUCAACAAAAUCCAUGGCAAGCACCAAGAUAUCCCCAACAAAUGCCACAAGCAAUGGGUCAUUAUCCUGAAGGUUACCAAAAUGGAAAUCAACAACCACAACAAUCAUACUUUCCAAAUCGAGAUCCAUCAUUUGCAUAUAAUCCAUCGAUAAAUGCCUAA